UUCUAGAGAGAGAGGUGAGUUAACGCGAAGGUUAUUUUACAUAAGGGGACAACUGUUUUGGAGCAAAACACCGCCGCGAGAAUAGCUGGAAAGAAAAAGAGAGGCUUUUGUUUUCUGGCUGAAAGGAGCUUAAUCUUCUUCCACACGUUACAGGAGGUGAGGCAUCAUGGGGAAACACAACAGCAAGCUGGCUCCAGAGGUCCUGGAUGACCUGACCAAGAACACUGAAUUCAAUGAGGCAGAGCUCAAGCAGUGGUACAAGGGCUUCCUUAAAGACUGUCCCUCUGGCAUUCUGAACCUGGAGGAGUUUCAGCAGCUCUAUGUCAAGUUUUUCCCAUAUGGUGAUGCUUCCAAGUUUGCUCAACAUGCGUUUCGGACGUUUGACAAAAAUGGUGAUGGGACCAUCGACUUCAGAGAGUUCAUUUGCGCCCUGUCCAUCACCUCCAGGGGUAGCUUUGAGCAGAAACUCAACUGGGCCUUCAACAUGUACGAUCUAGAUGGAGAUGGAAAGAUCACACGCAUGGAGAUGCUGGAGAUCAUCGAGGCCAUCUACAAGAUGGUAGGCACAGUGAUCAUGAUGCGUAUGAACGAGGACGGGCUUACCCCUCAGCAGCGUGUAGACAAGAUCUUCUCCAAGAUGGACAAGGACCAGAACGAUGAGAUCACCUUGGAAGAGUUUAAAGAGGCGGCCAAAUCCGACCCUUCCAUUGUCCUACUGCUGCAGUGUGACAUGCAGAAGUAGACUGGGAGGGGUGGAGAAACAGAGCGAGGGUAAUAGAGUUGAACUGAAAUUAGAGAAGGAAGGAGGCUGAGAGAAGAGUGAAGCAGGAGGAGAAAGGGAGGGAUGCUGCUAGAGAGAGGAGGAGGAGAAGGAGAGAGGCAGGGAAUCUUUCUUUCUCCCUUUCUCUGAGGUAGUGAUGUCUGGAAAUAAGCCAUGUUUGGAACACGGACCCCCUGAUUGAUGCCAUUCUUUUAUCCUGGCUGCCCUGCUGUGCAGCUCUCCUGAAGCACUUCUGCUUCAGUCCAGCUCAGCGUCUUUAUAAAUUCAGCCCGAUCUGUGGAAAGUGGAAAUCCCUCCAGCUCUGUUUAGUGCAGAUCAAAGAAAUAAAAUACAGAUUUACAUAGGAAAUAGUCUCACUCAGACAUUCAUGCUGUCAGGCUCUGUGCCUAGUGUGCGAUCUUACAAGCACCACAACUGAAGUAUAAAGAUCACAUCUUUUUUUAAUCCGCUUUUUUAUUUGUGUAACAUGUACACUGUUUUCAAGACUUACAACAUGUAAAUGUAAAGUAGCUUAUUUCCAAAUUAUGUAAGCUAACUAAUAAUAUUGACAUCACUAUAGUUUUGUCCAAAUUCAUGGGCUGCAUCCUCCUGAGGACCCGGCCUUCGCGGUCUACGUGGGCCGGGUCCUCAGAAGGUCGGGUAGGCCGGAAGUAAACGUAAAAUUGGACGGUCUAGCCUUCAGAUUUGCGUCACCGCUGUCUCGGUGGAGUUUAAUAAACUCAGCUGUCUGCUCCUUCCUAUUUAAAAUAUAACAGGACACUGGUGUAAAUUCUCGACCAUCUCACACUUCUGUUUAAUCGGUUUUCUGUUUGACGUUUAUUCAGCUGUGUGAAAACCACAUCUAAUCUAAUCUAAUAACUUUAAUCUCAGACAAACCGAUUUACUCACGAACAAAUAAAACACUGAAAAAAGCCAAACAAUAACAUUUUUAGGUUAUCUAAGUGACUUAUAUAUUAUGUUUAACCUGAGUAGCGAAAGACCGCGGUGAUCUGAAAAUGAUGUGCCGGGAGUUUGUCGUUCUCGGCGGCUUCAGUGACCCUCGAGCUCCCGGCUAGCUAUCGAGCUGGUGGAUAACAGACAUCUCCGAAAACGUCGGAGCACUUUUGCAAACAUGUGAUAUCUUGAUAAACCGAGCAGAUAUUUGAAGAUUACACAGCUACAUUCUCGCCUGAAAAUAUGUUAAAAGUUUAUUUUGUGACCCAGAAAGACUAAUAAGAGUAAUAUUAAAAAUUUAGUAGCGGCUGCCAUUGUUGAAAACUGGAAUUGGCUGAGCCGCGCUAUGAAUUCUGGGAUAUGGUAGGCCACGAAGGACACACCCGACCCAUCCUUCAAAUUCGAGGAAAAUGAGGACGCAUUUGUCAGCUGCAUUCGGAGGAGUCUACGAUUUUGGACAGCCUUCGUCACGUCGCUGUGACGUAAUCGGCCUACAAAUGCGGCCUCAGGAGGAUGCAGCCCAUGAAUUUGAACACCCCCUCUUAUAGAGUCAAGAGAUGCUAGCUUGGCAUAGCAUGUAAACUGAUAACCAGGGAAACAGCUAGCCUGGUUGCAGUUUUAUGACCAACUCUUGGAACGAAAUAGAAUACAACACAAACUCCAUAUUAGGAUAACAAAAAACUAAAGUGUCUUAUUUUGUUAGUGGCAAUAUUAGUAAGCAAGCAAGCAAGCUACAGUUAAUUAGCUGGGUCCCAAGCACAAAUACACAACAUGAAUAACUUAAUCUGCAGUAAUGGUUAACACAUAGGUGGUUAGCUGGCUACCUAGCUUUGGUUUCCAAGUGUUACUUGUAGGACAUUCGAAUUCUAAGUUUGCAAUGAUUGGAAUGAUUUAUUGUAGUGCAUUGAUUCUUAAAUCAAUGAACUACAAAACAUCAUUCCUAAGAAAAAUGUACAGUUACCGCCGCUCUGGGGAGGGGGCAGGGGGGAAGCAGCGGCUUCGCUCAUGCGCGAUUCAUUUGCAGUUUGUAGCGUAGGGGUGAAUAUCUCCUGCUCUGACAUCAGCUGAGGGGGACUGCUGCGUGAGGACUACCUGCCGCCAAAGGCGAGGUGCCCACGGCAGCACCUGCUGCUUGUUGAGAGUAAGAGCGAUACGUGCUUUCACGUGGAAAAGUCGUCAUAAGUCUCCAAUAACACCAGAAAAAGUCGCCAGAUUUGUCGCUAGUCGCUUUUUGGAGAAAAAGUCGCCAAGGGGGUCUGAAAACUCGCUAAAUAUAGCAACAAAGUUGCUAAGUUGGCAACACUGCCCCUGAGUCUUUUUGCUAUGCUAUGCUAAGUGUUGCAUGGCCCCAGCUUAUCCUAGAGACAUUAGAGGGGUAUUAAAUGAGCACAGGGUGAAUAGUGGUGCAGUAGUUAGCACUUCACAUCGCUCCUGUUGGGGCCAUCCUGUGUGGCUUCUCUUAAGGUACUCCGACUUCCUCCCACAGACAGUGGUUGUUCUGUGUUGGUCGUAGGUGCAAAUGUGAGUGUCACUGGUUGUCUGUCUCUAUGUUUUUGCUCCAAAAUAGUCUAGCAACAUGUGCAGGGUGUGCCCUAAGAUAACUGGAAUAAACUCUAGUCCUCCCACGAACCUCAGUUGGAUAAGUGGUUAAGAAAGUGGGUGAAAAAAUUAAAAUGUUGCUUUAAUAUCUAAUUAGAUCCAAGUAUAAGCUCUGCCAACAGCUCAACAGCCCAUGUUUAGAUGAUAUACUCUAUGGGCUUUUUUGUCUUAUAUUAGACCAACAAGGACCCGUUGAACAUUAAGAAAGAUGUAAUGUGUUGCUAGAGGGAGAGAGAGUUGUGUAAAUGAAAGGUACUCUCUGUGUUUGUCUUUUGUGAUGUCACUACGUGUGCAUGUGAAUUCUAGUAUAUGUUUGUUCGGAGUAAACACACUUCAUAAAGCCAGGUCAAACCACCCUGCCUGCAGGUGUUUGUGCAUGAAUGUGCCGCAGCAAUCAUUAGUCCUUUUACAGCCAAACACACAGCCAGUUAUAUGGCAGUUGUAUCACAUUACAGCACAGUGUCCACAAGCUUUACUCUUUAAAUAUGAGGCAGGGAGGUGAUUUGAGUCUUAGCAUGGUGAGGCAUACUGAUGUACUGCUCAGUGACUUGUGGCUGCGUCUAAAGGUUUUCCACAUUCGAUUUAAAAAAUCAAUAUGUAAUCAGAAAGGUUAACAUACAUUAUGUUUUCAUAAAAGGUUAAUAAUCAAGUUAAAUUUAAUUUUAUUUUCCAGAUAAUAUAAUCAGACCUUUUUUGAGCAGGUGCUCCCUUCAUGGCCUGCUUUAUAAUUAUUUUAUGCAAUGAUGUCUUGACAACUGACAGUUACAUCAGCCUGCCAUUUGCUACCAUGUGUAGAAAUAUAAGAUAUUUUUAUGGUUUCUAUUAGCUCUCUGAUGGCAAGGGUUUUUUACUGCCAGAAAUAUGCAUGUGCUCUUUUUUGGUGCAUAUUUCUCUGUAAUUAUCACUCUUAGUGGCUACAAUCAUUGUAGAAAAUAACUUCCUCUGAUAUUUUUUGUUUUUUAAAGUAAAAAAAUCCCAAAUCUUUGCUUACCUGUUUAACCAGGACCUUUUUGGUUCUGCUUUGAUUUAAAUAAUAGUUUGGAAACAUGGGGUCAGAGCACCCUGAGAAAAACAGCUGUAAGAUUCAGCUGCUCUUUCAUUCGUUAUUUCAUUAACAAGUUUAAUUUUAAUACUGUUAGAUUUUUUUAAGUCUGGUUUGUGAGCACUGUUUUGUCUAAUAAUGGACAGAAACUACAAUAUCUAGCAUGUUCUGUUGGCUGUUAAAGUACCUUUAGCUUGCUUACUGUUGCUGCUACAUCUGCAAGCUGCUUUGCAACCCACCUCUAGCCCAGCACUAGUGCCAUGUCAAUGUUGUGUGCUUUGUUCUGUACCAAGGGUCUUGUUGCUCCUCUCCACUAAUGCGCGAGGAAGGAUAGGAGAUCCUGAGAAAAGAGCCCAACUGCUAAAUAUAAAUCACUCUUUGGGAAUAAUCUUUUUUUUAAAAUAGUCCUGACUGAAAUAAAAAAAAACAUGCAUCUUGAUAUAAAACAUCCUUUUCUGAGACCAGCAAUUUGAGCCACAGGAGGAGCGAGUGUAGCAGCAUGGAGUCGGGAUAAUCAGGACGGUAAUUGCAGGCCUUAUGACACAAACGGUAUUUCUCAGAAAGGCCAAAGCUGCCUCCAUGAUUCACUGUUGUUUCACAUUAAAAGCUGAAACGGGCAUCCCCUCUCCUCCUCUCCCCCCUUUUUGUCUUCUUCCUCUUUAAAUGUCAGGGAGGAAAUGCUUUGAUAAUAGGUGGAGGGGGGAGGAACUUUUCUGAACUCAGCUUAGAUCUAAAAUCAAUGUGAAAGAGAGCAAAACGCUGAAGUGAAUAUGAAUGAAAGCAGGUAGCCAGGAGGGGAAUUACUGUAGAUAACUCGUGUUUGCAGUGGUGCACAGACAUGAGAGUGGUAUCAGUCUUGUUUAAAUCUCAAUAAGAAAAUAAUUAAAAAAUUAAUUAUUAAAACUGUUAAAAACUGUUAUUGUCACAGUUUAAGUGUGAAUCAGUUUAAGUGGCUGAUUCAUCAGUUUUGAAAUCGAGCUGCAUUUAUUGAAGGAAGUAAAUACUACAGUGGCCUUUUUGUUAGUUAAAAAAAAGAAGAAAUAAUAGUCGGAAACCAGAGGAUCAAACAAAGUGCUAUAGCUAAAAUUACAAUCUAAUCAACAUCACGAUCCAAACAAUCAUUAAACCCUUGUGUCUUAAAUUUUAAAAUAUAAAGAAUAAUAUCUUCUUUUUUUUUUUAAAAAAGCAUGACAGCAUCUUUCAAUUUAGCACCUCUGAAAGCCUUUAGAAGUGUCUUGAUUCUUCCAGUCACACCUUUUACUCAAAAAUAUUGUGUUCCUGUCCUGUCAGCCAAUCAGAUGACCUCCUCCUUCUCAACAUCUUCCCUCCCUAAAGCUACAGAAAGAGCCUCCGUUGUGUGAUACUGUAACGAUAAACUUACAUGUACAUUAUAAUACGACUGUAAUCGUAUUUAUGAAUAUAAACAAAUAUAUGUAAAUGUACCACUAGCUUAGACCUAAUUUCAUAUGAUGAAACAGCUACUGUGUGUGUGUGUGUGCGUGAGAGAGAGAGACAGAGAGAGAGAGUGUGUGUGAAAGAGUGAGGUUAGUAUGUGCAGCGUUUGCGCGAGUGCUCACGUGUUUUGUAUUUGUAUCAUUUGUGGAAAAAGAGAUGCCUCAGUCUAGUUUAACUUUGUAAAAAUCACUGAGUAUUAUUCCCCAUAAUACAUUUGCUUUUGUGGUCCGCUGGUAUAUAUUCAGUAUGUACUGUGCUGUCUCUAAUGUGGGACAUGUUGUUUUGUUAACUUACAGUUGCAGUUCUACAGGUUACACUCAUAUGUGGAGUUUGUUGAUCAGGGGGAACCUGAAGGUGUGAGGAGAGGUGUGUUAGUUGGAAGAAUGAUUAAGAAAUAUAGUCCUGUGUCACAGUGUCACCCAGUGGAUGAAAAUAUAAUGCCACACCUUACUGUACAGUCUCUGUUUAUGAUGUAAUGAACAUGCCGGAAGAUCAAAUGCUAAACAUGGAUAAAGUUGUGUUUUUCUCAAAAGAAGUGCAGAAAUCUGAAAGUAAAUGAACAUGUUUCUCUUGGCUUGUGUCAUUGGUUUGAGUCUGUAAAGAGGCACCAAUGUGGACUUUAAUAUUUAAAACAAAUAAAUGACAUCACGUUCUUUUUUAUGACAAAAUGCUUUUUUAUUUAAAAGUUUU